AUCUCGGCUCAAUCAGUUCUGCGAAGGCCAUGAAAUCUGUUAAUAGCGUGGCCGUAUAGCGAUCGGUUAUUGCCAUUCACUUUUGCCGAUAGUGCGGAUAGGAUACGGAUAAUAUAGGAAAAAACAUCAGUUGAAUAUGGACUCGAAUUCAGACGCCACUUCGGCAGGGUGCGAAGUGGUCAAAGUCAAUCUGCUUCAGGAAGACAUCGAGGCCAGAGUCGCGAUGCGGGCCAAAAUCUCAUCAACACCCUUCACUCGUUUGACCAAACGACAACCCAUCGACAUCGAAUUUUCCGAUUUAACCUACACCAUUCCCACCGGGAGAAAAGGAUCCAAACUUAUAUUGAGAGGAAUAAGCGGACAGUUCCGAUCUGGAGAGUUAACUGCGAUUAUGGGCCCAUCGGGAGCCGGGAAAUCAACUCUGCUCAACAUCCUCGCCGGUUACAAACAUGCCGGAGCGAGUGGGCAGAUCAACAUAAACGGUCAGCCGAGGAAUAUUCGCAAGUUUAAAAAAAUGACCUGUUACAUUAUGCAGGACGAUCUUAACCAGCCCCAAAUAACAGUUCACGAAGCCAUGUGCUUCGCGGCAGACCUCAAACUCGGAAGUCAAGUUGAACGGCGCGAAAAACUUUCCACGAUAGAUGAAAUCCUAGAGACGUUAAGACUGACCAAAGCUAAGGACACGGUCACCGAAAGAUUGUCCGGCGGGGAAAUGAAGAGGCUUUCCAUCGCCCUGGAACUAGUCAAUAAUCCUCCGGUCAUUUUCCUCGACGAACCAACCACAGGUCUCGACGACUUGUCGACCGUCCAGUGCAUCGACCUUCUACGAAGUGUCGCCUGCGGUGGAAGAACGGUCAUUUGUUCAAUCCACACCCCAAGUGCCAGUAACUUCGCGAAGUUUCAUCAGAUCUACGUCAUCGCGGCUGGUCAGUGCGUCUAUCGAGGUUUGGCCAAUGGAGUUGUGCCGUUUCUUCGACACGUGGGAACCGACUGCCCGAAGCACUACAACCCGGCAGAUUUUGUUAUCGAAGUCUCGUCGGGAGAAUACGGAGCUGAAUAUGUUGAACGGAUGGCGAAUCUCGUGGAAAUGCAGAUGCCGAUAGUCCCGAUCACCCGUAAAUCGAUCAACGAUACGCAGUUCGAAGAUGAAAUUCACAGACCGACGUGGUGGGAUCAGUUCUCGGCUCUGUUCAAGAGGAUGAUGCUUCAAUUCUACAGAAACCGGAAUUACAUGUACCUGAAGAUAUCGCUCCACAUAUUCCUCGGAUUCAUCGUCGGCGGUAUUUUCCUGGACAUUGGUUCCGACGGCUCGAAGACUCUCUUCAACUUUGGUUUCUGCUUCUGUUGCCUCGUAGUCUUUCUGUACCUCCCGAUGCUGCCUGUGCUAAUGCAUUUUCCAGUCGAGGUGCGGCUUUUGAAACGUGAAUAUUUCAACCGAUGGUACGACUUGAGUCCCUACUUUUUCGCCAAGACACUAUCGACCAUUCCUCCGCAGAUCUUACUCGGAACAAUAUACGUCUCAAUGGUUUACCCGCUCACUGGACAGCCGUUGGAAGCUUGGCGAGUCGCCCAAUUCUUCGCCAUCUGUUAUCUGUGCUCUUUCAUAGGAGAGAGUAUAGGUCUGGCGAUCGGAACAUCGCUGAGCAUUGUGAACGGGAUGUUUGUCGGACCAGCAUCCUCGGUUCCUCUCAUGCUGGUUGCGAUCCAAGGCAUGGGUAGUCCUGAACCUCUUCCGCUUUACAGAACGCUGGUGAUGUACUCCAGCUACAUCAGGUACGGCCUCGAGGGACUUAUCGUCUCGUCGUACGGUAAAGGGAGAACGAAAUUACCUUGUCCACCGGAGGAGAAAUACUGCCAGUACAGAUAUCCCAUAGAACUGCUAAAAGUUAUGGGUAUGGAGGAGUCCAUGUUUUGGCGGGAUUUGAUCGCCCUCAUCAUAAUAAAUAUGAUAUUCAAGGCGGUCAUCUUUUACCUACUCCGGCAGAGACUUCGACCGAAUAAAACGUUUCAAGCCCUUCACGUUAUCGGCGGAUUUGUUAAAGGCUAUAUAAGUUCAAGAUGAGU